GCAUGUGCAUGGAAACUAUAUCUUGAUUUUCGGCUACUGUCAUAAUUGGUUAAACUGUGAUCUUGUGUUCUUUUUGUACUAUUUUGUAUCAAAUUAAAAAAUAAAGUGAUUUAUAUUUGAACGUUAAAAUGCCGUGCGAGAUGAUAACUUUGCAGCUUGGCCAAUGCGGCAAUCAAAUUGGAUUUGAGUUUUGGAAGAGAUUAUGUGCAGAACAUGGAAUUAGCCCAGAAGGAAUCUUGGAAGAUUAUGCAAUAGAUGGAACAGACAGAAAGGAUGUUUUUUUUUAUCAGUCAGAUGAUGAGCAUUAUAUACCACGAGCUGUGUUAUUAGAUUUGGAACCUAGAGUAAUUCACACUAUUAUGAAUUCUCCAUAUUCAAAGUUGUAUAAUCCUGAAAAUAUCUAUUUAUCAAAACAUGGUGGUGGUGCUGGAAAUAACUGGGCGUCAGGGUACCAUCAGGGUGAAAAAUUACAGGAAGAAAUUUUUGAUAUACUGGAUAGAGAAGCUGAUGGCAGUGACAGCUUGGAAGGUUUUGUUCUGUGCCAUUCAAUAGCAGGAGGUACAGGUUCUGGUAUGGGAUCUUUCAUGUUAGAAUCUCUUGCUGAUAGAUUUCCUAAGAAAUUAAUUGAGACAUAUAGUGUCUUUCCAAAUCAAGAUGAGAUAAGUGAUGUUGUAGUACAGCCAUAUAAUUCAUUGUUAACUUUAAAAAGGCUGACUCAAUGCGCAGAUUGUGUGGUGGUUUUAGAUAAUACUGCUCUGAAUAGAAUUGCUUCAGAUAGAUUACAUAUUCAGAAUCCUAGCUUCACACAAAUAAAUAAACUUGUUUCGACAAUAAUGUCUGUCAGUACAACCACUUUGAGAUAUCCUUCAUAUAUGAAUAAUGAUUUAGUUGGUUUGAUUGCACCACUCAUUCCAACUCCUCGCUUACAUUUCCUAAUGACUGGAUACACUCCACUUACAACUGAUCAAGAGGGCGCAUCUGUAAGGAAAACAUCUGUUUUGGAUGUAAUGCGACGAUUGCUGCAACCAAAAAAUAUGAUGGUUUCUACAGCAUUAGAUAGAAAUGCAUCUCAUUGUUAUAUAUCUAUCUUAAACAUAAUUCAGGGUGAAAUAGAUCCAACACAAGUGCAUAAAUCUUUACAAAGGAUUAGAGAACGAAAACUUGCACAGUUUAUUCCCUGGGGUCCAGCAAGUAUACAAGUAGCUCUUUCAAGAAAAUCUCCUUAUAUACAAAGUACACAUCGCGUUUCUGGUUUGAUGUUAGCCAAUCAUACUAAUAUAUCAUCGCUUUUCGACAGAGCUUUACAACAAUAUGACAAACUGCGUAAGCGAGAGGCGUUUCUGGAACAAUUUCGCAAAGAAAAAAUGUUUGAAGAUAAUCUCGACGAAUUAGAUAAUUCGCGAGAAAUUGUAGAAUAUUUAGUGAAAGAGUAUCAGGCUGCAACUCGACUCGAUUAUCUUAGUUGGAAUCCAAGCAAGACAGAUGCAUAAAAUAUUUAGCAUAUAACAAAUAACAAACCAAAUGUGUGAGUGACCAAUUUUUUAUUUUUAAUAAUUCCAUUUAUAAGUUUUUCCUGAUAUUUUAAUAUUUCAUUUGUUUCAUAGGUAACAGUAGAUGUUUUCUAAAAUUCCAUUACAAUAGUAAUCUCAGAAAAAAAUAUUUAACUUUUUUUAAAAAAUAAGCAAUGUGGAAAUUCCUUCUAUAGUUUUAAAAUUACGAAGUUUUUAUUUGAAUGGCAGUGAAUUUUAUGAAUUUUGUUUAAUGCUUUACUUGUUUACUUAAUGCACAUUGCAUGUUCCAGUUUUUUAUAUUUUUCAGUUGUUUGCUUUGUCUUGAUCUGAAUCUUUAUAUGAUUAAUAAUUCCUUUUUUUUACUCUGGUGCAUAACGAAGACAGGAAGGAGGAAGGGUAGCAAUUGUAAUAAAGCCUGUAUGCCCAGGUAAUGAUUGAGCAUG